AAAAUGGCGGCACCAACGUCCACUUUGAAAUUCGCCGCUCGCUGAGUGAAAACCAAACGCGGUUUGUUUCGUCCUUCAGCUGGCGGCGAAGCGGGCAUUUUUAUUUAUUUUUUAUUUUUUGCCGAAAUGGAUUCGGUGGUGGGAGAAGAUCAAACGCUGCCUUUUGAUAUCAAUGGGAGCUGCAGUAUAUCUAGGCUGCCGGACUCUCUGACCGGCCACGACUUCAGCAUGGACAACGUGGCGGUCUCCAUGUUCCCAGGGCAGAAGAUGUCUCCAGCCAAAGCCAUUACCAUGAAGGACUACGAGAACCAAAUUACAGCUCUGAAGAAGGAGAACUUCAACUUGAAGCUGAGGAUCUACUUCCUGGAGGAGCGUGUGCAGCGCAAUUGUGAUGACUCUACUGAAGACAUCUACAAAACGAACAUCGAGUUAAAGGUGGAGGUGGAGUCCAUGAAGAGGGAGCUUGCGGAGAAACAGGACCUGCUGGUGUCUGCUUCGAAAGCCCUUGAGAGUCUGGCCAGUAGAGACUCAGGAGAGGGUGUGAGAGAGCGUGCCCUGAGAGAGCGUGCCCAGAGAGAGAUGGACUCACUCAGGGAUGCUUUCAAUGCCAGGAUCAGUGAACUGGAAGAGUCUCUCCGCUCUGCAGAAGCAGAGGUAGAGAAGAUGGCCUCCAUCGCUGAGCAGGAGAAGCUGAGGAGCCUGGGCCUGGAGAAAGGGCUCCAAGCCGCCGCCCAAUCACAGCCCUCCUGCGGUCCCGGCUCUGUCCCUGGGCAGGUCCGCGAGCUGCAGCAGGCCGUGCUUGAGAAGGAUGGCGCGAUUGAGUGUCUCCAGGCGUCAAUCAAAAACCAGGAGGCUCUGAUUGGAGAGCUUCGGAAGAAGUGCCCUGAGCAACCAGUCACAGAGCAGCUGACACAGCUCAGCGCUCUGAUUGGUCAAAAGGACCGGGAACUACAGGCUCUGAAAGACGAGUUGGACGACGAGCGAGGCAAAGCGGAGAAAAAUAACCAGGCAUGCUCACUGAAGCAGGAUGAGUUGAACAGGCUGCAGCAGAUGACGAGGCAGCUGAGUGAAGAUCUCAGCUCUGCCAAGAACAGCAGCCAGACACUUCUACACAGGCUGGAAGAGAGAGACCGCGAGAACACGGCGCUGUCGUCCGAGCUGGAACAGAAGGAGGGGGACCUGGCUGUGGAGAAGAAGAACGCACUGAAGAGAGACAAGACCAUCCAGGGCCUGAGCCUCCUGCUCAAGGAGAAGGAGAAAGAGAUUGAGGAGUUGUAUGGGAAUUUGGAGGAGAAGCAACAGACUCUUACCAAGACCAGAGAAGCACUUCACAAAGCGCAGCUUCAAAAAUAUCAGGGAGCGGAGGAGCAGCAGGCCCUGCUACUGGCCCAGCAGGCGGAGCUGGCGCGGUUGCAGGCGGAGGCGCAUGCGUCCCUGCUGGAGGCCCAGCGUCUGCGGCGUAGCGUGGACAGCAAGGAGGCGGAGCUGGCUGUCCUCCGCCAGGACAAACAACAGCUGGAGCAGGAGCUGGACGCACUGCAGCAGCAGAAGAGGACAGGGGACAAGACCAUCAACGACCUGCAGAACCAGCUGAAGAAACUGAACGGUGAGUUGGCGGACCGGGAGAACGCUCUAGAACAUCAGCGCCACAAGCAGCAGGAGGAGAACCGCACCACUGAGCACAAACUACACAGCACCAUCCAGCACCUGACCACCAGCCUCACGCACAAAGAACAGCAGCUACAGGACUACAUGAACAUGGUGCGGGACCUGGAGCAGGACCGGGCCCCGGGAGGAAGUGACAUCACGCUGACCAAGCUGAGAGAGAGGCUGGGGGAGAAGGAGAAGGCUCUAGAGAAAGCACUGGAUGAGAAAUUUGUGGCUGUGGAGGAGAAGGAGAAUGAGGUCCACAUGCUUCAGCUAAGCAUGAGGGAGAAGGAGAGAGAGUUGGAACGCCUGAACAACCUGCUUACACACAACGAGGAGACCAUCAAUCUCUUUGACUCUUUGCUGAAGGAGAAGGACGUGGAGCUGCAGCAGUUGGUGAACACUGUGAAGAACCUUCAGCGCUCCAGACAGGAGAGUGAGGCCAGCCUGCAGAGGGCACUGCGCGAAAAAGACGCCAUCAUACAGCAACUCCAGCACUCACUGCAGCUGAAAGCUACAGACAUGGAGGAGCUGGCCAGCACCGUCCUCAGCCAGACAGAGUCUCAGGGUCGCGACCUGGCAGAGCGCAUGGGGCAGAGGUUAAAGGUGACGGAGGCAUUGCUGUCGGAGGCAGUGAAGGACAGAGACAGGCUGGUGUCGGAGAACCAGACGGCUGUGGAGAACCUGCUGGCCACCAUCAACAGCAAAGACCAGCUACUGAAGGAGCGUGUGGAGUCACACACUCGGGCUCUGUCAGACCGUGCGGCCGAACUGCAGGACCUGCGCAGGCAGCUCAGCGAGGCCCGGAAACCCAACGGCACAGCAACGCAGGACGCGUCCUUGGGGACGGCCCAGCUACGAGCCGCGCUGGCUGAGAAGGACGCAGUCAUGAACAAGUUGUUGGUGCAGGGGCAGGAGAGAGAUGGUCACCUGGCUGAGGUAAAGGUGUCAGAGUCUCUGCCUCCUCAGGUGCUGGAGCUCAGACAGACCAUAGAGGUGCUUCAGGAGAGACUGGAAAAGAGAGAAGCAGAGCUGUCUCGGCCGAACAGUGGGGAGAACAUGGUGAGAUCUCCCGUAGACAGUAAGAAAUCCACGGUACUACUGAAGAAGGAGCUCGCUGAGAAAACAGACGCCCUCGACAGUGCACUGAAGAGGGAGAACCAGCUGAAGAUGUCUCUAGCUGAACUGCAGCCCGUGGUCUCAGAGCUGGAGGGCCAGCUAGAGGGUCAAACGGCCAACAUGGAAUUUCUCACGUCCACACUCAAUACUAAAGAGGAAAUUAUUGCUGAGCUCCAGGCCUGUUUGACCAAGAGGGGGGAGAGGCAGCCAUCUGCUGCCCGGAACUGGCACUCUCAGCCUGGGGAGGAGAGCAGCUUCAGCACCCUGCCCCAGAGAGAGAGGACCAUCAUCGGAGGAGACAGCCAGCAGGCGGUGCCGUCUCUAGGUGAUCUGUGUCUAGAGCAGGCGGAGCUAAACCGUGUGCUGAGGGCGGAGCAGCAGCUGUACGCCAACCUGGUCAGAGCUGUGAAAGAGCAGGACAGUGCUCAGCAGCUGCAGGCACUGCAGCUGGAGUUGGCCACAGUGACCCUCCUCAGGCAGCAGCUGGAGGAUGGUAUCCGUGACAACGAAGGGCUGAGAGAGCGACUGCACAGGGAGAUCCAGAGAGCCAAUCAGAGAGAAGGUGCGGAUCCGGCGGAGCUAGAGAGUAUGCGUGAUACUCUGGAAGAGGUCCAGCGCUGGAACGCCUCUCUCCAGGCCAGACUGGGCGAGAUACAGAACAGAGGGGGAGGGGUGGGACAGGCCAACGAUUCAGUUGGCACGCUGAGUCUGAUCGGUGAACAGACGUCCUAUAUGAGCAUAUGUGUGGGGGCGGAGCUGGGUGUGGAGCUGGAGGCGGAGCUACAGCAGAUGCCUGUGGAACAGCUCAGGCUGAAGGUCUCGGAGCUGCAGGCUGUAAACGCGGAGCUGGAGAGGAGGCUGGCACUGGCAGAGAAGGGCAUUGUGGGUAAUGCUCAGAGCGAGUCGAAGGGAGAGCCUGACCUUACUGACCUCUCCUCUGCCAGCAAGCAACCGCACGGGCCAGCCGGACCGCUCACCACCGACGCUCCUGGGACGCGAGCCGUCCCUGACGCAAAGGAGGAGGUCGAUGCUGAAGCGCAGAGCCAGGCUGCAGAAGGGGGAGGAGGCGCGCCGCACACUACUGACCACCAGGGCGGCGAGAGCGAGCAGGCCGGAGACGUGCAGGGGUCCGUUUCUCAGCUCAGGGCACAGGUGUCAAAACUGCGUGCGGAAGCGUCCGAGCUCCACGGCCUCCUGAAGGAAGACUGCGCCACCGAGUCCAAGGAAAGUGCGGAAAGCUCCGGAGAGAGCGACAGCCAGACCGACCUCCGCCAGGUUGUGCGGGUGCUCCGUGCGGAGGCCCGGGGUCACCGGAAGGUCAUCCGGCUGCUUAAGGAGCAGCUGCAUCGGGAAGCGGCGGGCGGAGGGGUGACCUCCGACCCGGACCCGAUCGUCAGCAUGGCCCGCGAGAUGGAGCGCCUGAGGGCAGAGCACGAGGCCUCGCAGAGACAUGCCCACAGCCCAGAGGAGGAAGAGGAGGAGGGGCGUGGCCAAAGCUUCAGGCUGACCAAAAGCCAGAAGUUUCAGAUGGUGAGACAUGCGACAUGCGCGAGGUCCCGCCUGCCAGUCCCGGUCAGGCCCGCGAGGCGUUCGUCCAGGCAAGAGCUAAGUGAUCGGGACACAGAGGAGAGCAGCGAGUGCCGCAGCGGGACGGACUCGGAGCGGGCCGGGCCGAGCCGGAAGGUGGGCGCGGCGUCUGACGCUCCCGAAUCGGAGCUCCGGAGUCAGCUGGAGCUGCUAAACCAGGAGUGCCAGGACAAGGAGGAGCUGAUCUCCCGUCUUCAAGCCCAGGUGCAGGAGUGGGAGGGGCUACGGGCAGAGCUUCAGGAGACGGACAGGCUGAAUGGCCAGUACGCGGAAGCCCUGCGGGCGGCCGAGUCCACCAUCGCGUACCUCACUGCCUGCAGCCUGGACGCUGAGAGCGGCUUGGGCCGGUCCGGUCCGGGUCUGGACUCGUGGUGGCGACGGGAGAGGGCAGAGCUUCAGGAAGCCGCGCAGGAGAAGGCGCGGCCGGACGCGGCCCCUCUGACCGGUCCAGCCCCCGGCCCGAGCGAACCCCGGGAUUCGGGCGGCGGGCUGGACGGCCUGUUGGCUCAGGUUGAGGCCUUGCAGGACCCGGACCGGACCCGUGCCCCGCGCGCGCAGGAUGCCGACGACGAUGUGCCCGUUGAAGGACAGAACGGGCCGCUUCCGCGUCUGGCCGAGUGCGUUUUGGCCGCAGGCAGAGCGGUGGAGUCCGUGGCCAACUUUGCCGCCGGGCCCGGUCAUGGGGUGGGCGACGGCGAGGCCUCGGCCAAUCAGGAGCUGCAGAGACAUCUAGACAGGCUUCACCGGGCCCUCCUGGAGAUGGACGGGCUCGGCGACCUCGGCGCUGCCGACACGAGCCAGAACGGAGUUGCGGGGACCCUCUGGCCAGAAUCGGUCCCGCGCGUCCCCGGUGCCGCGCAGCAGAAGACGAGCACCCCGAUACCCCACGGGCAUCGGGACCAGGCGGGGUUGGCGUCGCCGCAGCAACAGAGUGAGGCGGACGCGCCGGCUCCCGGCCGGGGACGCACACCGCACCUCGACCUCCACAAGAACCUAGUGCUGCUCCUCCAGGUCCUCGGAGAGCGCGCUCAGAAAGUUCGGGAGCUGGAGGAGGAGCUUAAGCGGGAGGAGGGGCGUGGCCACGGAGGAGGGGCAGUGGUCGAGGCGGAAGACGGCAGCCAUCUGAAACGCCUGCAAAAGGCCCUGAAGGAGCAGCAGGAGGCGUGUCGCCCCCUGGAGGAGAAGCUAGUCAGCGCGCAGCAGAGUGCGGCGAAGAGGGAGCAACGCCCAGACCUACACACAGCUGCCCCCGGCGAGCGGGACGAUAAGGGGGUUCAGGUGGACGCACAGGACCUCGGCUACGAGACCAGCGGACGGAGCGAGACGGAGCUGGAGAGGGAGGAGGGCAUCGGCGCAGACGUGGACGGUACCGCUCGUCCAGACCGCGCCCCCUCCCCCGUCCUGACCAGGGCAGGAUUCUCCUCCGCCGACAACCUAGACACUGGCGAGUCCAGCCCGUGCUACCCCAGCUCACCGGACCUCAGCUCCCCGCGGCCCACCGACCCCGCCGACCUCUGCCAGGAACUCCAGCAGCUCAAGUCGCAGGUGGAAGGUCAGAACAUGGUCAUCCAGCACCUUCAACGACGGCUGCGGAAGAAGUCUCUGUCGGCCGAGAGUCUGACCGUGACCUCUGACCCAGAGGGCGGAGAGGAGGAGGAGGACAGGCAGGCGAUGAAGGCUCGGAUAGCCCAGCUCGCCAUCGAGCCGGAGAGAGGGCGAAUGGUCAACAGCAGCAGCCAGUCAGCUUCUCCAUCCAGGGUGGAGUCGCUGGUGCAGGCACAGGCACGCGAGCUGUGCGAGCUCCGCGAGCAGAUCCGCGCGUCCCGCGUCCUGGGCGUCGGCCAGCGCCGGCAGCUGCAGGAGCUCCGCGCCACCCUGGAGGAGCUGCUGGAGCAGCCGGAACGCCCUGCCCUUGACGCCAGCCUCCGGCAGCAGCUGGAUCGCAGCCUGGACCUGCUGGAGAAACUGGAGUAUGGAGGUAGUAAUGAAGAUCAGGUGGCGGAACUAGAGCUGGUUCAAAGGCUCUCUGCAGAACUGCGGGACAAAAACAAGCUCAUCCAGCAUCUUAGAGAGCGCCUGCGCAGUGGAGCUCCCAGAAUGCACAGCGUCUCGGACUCGGAGAUGAGCAACAGGAUCUCCAACGAUGGCGCCGCCUCCUUGCAGGACAGCCUGCCUGCUCUCCACACACACCCCUCAAUCAGGACAACCACAGGUAUGAAGGCAGCGGCCGGGGGCGUGUCCGGCAGCGGUGGGGGGAGUGUCCGCGCGGUGCAGAGGGAGAACAGCCGCCUGCAGGGACAGCUGAGGAGCAGCGACGAGCUCAAUGCCACCCUCAGGAGUGAGCUGGACCUCAUGUGCUCCAUCCUCGCGCACACGCGUGCCCAGAGCCCAGCGGCAGCCGUGCAGCAGGAGCAACAGUGCCUGCCUCAGCAGCAGGCAGGCAACAAGAGCAUCAGCUCAGCCCUGCUGGCGGAGCACCUACUGGAGGCGCGUGCGCUACGUCAGCGGCUGGAGGAGAGCAUCCGCACCAACGACAGACUCCGUGAGCAGCUAGAGACGAAACUGCAGGUGGCAGAGAGUGACCCAGAUAAACAGAAGGAGAAUGACAGUCUGCGAGACACUCUGACCAGGCGCACAGCCAAACUGGAGAUGAGCAGGAAGGAGUGCCAUGCUCUGCGUCAGGAACACGCACACCUGCAGGACAAGCUGUACAGGCUGCAGUGUGACAGUAAACUCCAGAAGCAGCAGCUGGCAGACACUCAGCAGCUCCUGCAGACAGUACAGGUGGAACUGCAGGUGCAUGAGCAGAUCAGAAACUCAACACACACAGUCACAGGCGAGGGGCACCUGGGCGCUGAGCCCGGGACAGUGGACCUCACCGAGCUGUUGAGUGAGGUGCGCAGGCUACGCUUGCAGCUGGAGAGAAGUAUCCAGACCAACACGGCACUCCGACACAAACUGGAGCAGCAGCUGCUGUCCCGUGCCGACGGGCCGUCCACCAUCAACAUCAACUACUUGCUGGCUACGACGGAUGAGGGGGUUAAGUCAGAGAGACUCCCCCAGCACUCGCGGUCCUCCAGUCCCGCUCAUGACAGCGGUAGCUCCGUGGGAAGUGGCUCCCCGUCACGGUCAGUGCCUGGCGACGGGCUGUGGGCCAGUGGGCGUGGCCGUCACAUGCUGGGCCUGGUGGAGGACUACAGAGCCCUGAGCAAACAGAUCCGCCGAGCCAAGAGGCUCAGCACUUUUAUGGACACACAACUGCAGGAGGGCCGCGGGCUUGUGGAUUGUAAGGAUGGAUCAGGCACUAUACUCCUAGUCCUAGAAGAAGCAGAACGACUGUUGAACCUGUUCUGGAGAGUAACUCUGCCCUCGGGUGACCUCACACACAGACAGCAGGAGGACGUGUUUAGGAGUGAGAUCUCUUGCUUAAGGAGCAGGUUAUCUCAGCAGGAGAGGAUGCUGACAGGAGCCGUCAAACGCCUGCGUUCCACCAACCAGCUUAGAGAGGGCAUGGAGCGCAUCAUCAUAGACCAGUUGUCGCUGACUCACGGAGUGCUGAAGAGAGCCAGAGGAAACCUGGAGUUUAAUUAUGGAAGCAUCUUUGGGCUAGAAGGCUUUCGAGUCGAAGGAAAUCACCCUGAAUGCCCAGUGAGGAGUCAAUCACCAGACCCUGCCCCCAGGAGAUUGUCCACGCCCCCAUCUGAUCGCUGGCAGAAAGCUGGGAUCCAGUGAGGAGUGACACAUUGACUCCUCCCACUCCAGUUGUCGGAGAGCCUCAUCACCCGGAUGGGAUAGUUCAGCCAUCGUCCAUGAGUAACCCCUAAUCCUUAAUCCAGUUAGAAGUAGAACAGAAAUGGCUUUCACAAAUAUUCUUCCUUGUCUUUUUUUGUUACCUUUUAAAGGUACUCUGAUGCAGUUUGAGACACAAAAUGAAUUUGCACACUUAUCGUAAAAUACAGAUUUUGCUCAAAGGAUGUACAAGAUAUUAUUUUUUUAACUAGUAAUUGUUUCUGGGUUGUUGUUUUUUUUUUUUUUUAAAAAAAAGGAUUUUCUCCUGUAAAUAUUUAAUGUCUUUUAGUUUUGUAUUUAAUGCAUUUCUGUUUUUCUUUUCUAAUAAUUCUGAAUAUUUGCGAUCACUCAUUGCCCGUAUGCUCUUAAUAUGAUGUUUUAUACUCUACUGGAUAAGCACGUCUGAUACCUGUGUGCUUCACCUGAGGGUUGAGGGAGAUUGGUACAUGUGUAUUAAAACCUCUUAGCACUCAA